CAUAGCAUACUACGUACGCUUUGGUCCUACGUGCAUGUUGUGGAGAGCGACAAGCCGCUCUCUCACUCUUGACACGUAUCAGGUUGUUGAAUGUACGGACAUUUGUUGGCAGCUCGCACUUUCUAGUCUUUUAUUUUGUUCAUCUUUUUAAGAACACAAAACGCCAGUAUGUUGUCGACAGCAAGCCAGGUCUUCAGAACAUUUUCCACCUCUAAUCACUUCCAGAAUAAGCUCAGACUAGCUAUAAUUGGCCAGAGCUUGUUUGGCAAGGAGGUGUACAGCAACCUGAAGAAACAGGGUCACAAGGUCGUUGGUGUGUUUACUGUACCUGACCAGAAUGGCAAGGCUGACCCCCUUGCCUUGGCAGCAGAGAAGGAUGGCACACCAGUGUUCAAGUUUCCACGGUGGCGAGUGAAAGGAAAACCCAUCCCAGAAGUAGUCGAGGCCUACAUGGCGGUGGAUGCUGACAUCAACGUGAUGCCUUUCUGCUCUCAGUUCAUCCCCAUGAACAUCAUCGAUUAUCCCAAGCAUGGCUCCAUCAUUUACCACCCCUCCAUCCUUCCACUCCACAGAGGAGCCUCAGCCAUCAACUGGACCUUAAUCCACGGUGAUAAAAAAGCUGGCUUCACGGUAUUUUGGGCCGAUGAUGGUCUGGAUACCGGACCGAUUCUGCUGCAGAGGGAGUGUGCUGUUGAACCCAAUGACACUGUAGACACACUCUACAACCGGUUCCUCUUUCCGGAAGGCAUCAAGGCAAUGGUUAAGGCAGUGCAGCUUGUUGCUGAUGGCAAGGCCCCACGAAUCCCACAGCCAGAGGAAGGUGCAAGUUAUGAAGGCAUACAGAAGAAAUCCAACGCCAAGGUCAAUCUGGCUCAGUCAGCUGAGGCAAUUCACAACUGGAUACGUGGCCAUGACAAAAUUCCUGGUGCCUGGACUGUUAUUGAUGGCAAGUGUGUGACCCUAUAUGGAUCAUCAAUGUUACAAGGGUCAGUGCCGGCUGGCCAGCCACUGGACAUCGAAGGAGCUUCCAGUCAAAGUCUGGUGACAAAAAAUGGGCUCGUCAUACAUGGAACUGAUGGAAAAGCAGUUCUCGUUAAGAAUCUUCAGUUUGAAGAUGGAAAAAUGAUACCUGCUUCAAAGUACUUCUCCACUGGUGAAACUCAAAGUGUGGAAUUAACUGAUGGCGAAAAAGAAAUAGUAAAGGAGAUGAGGAACAUCUGGAAGGGCAUUCUCAGUAAUGUGCCAGGUAUUGAGGACACAACAGACUUUUUCAAGUCCGGAGCUGCUUCCAUGGAUGUGGUCAGGUUGGUGGAGGAGGUCAAGCAGCGAGCUGGUGUCCUCCUGCAGAAUGAGGACAUUUACAUGGCAACCACCUUUCAGGACUUCGUCCAGAUGUUUGUCCGUAAAUUGAGAGGUGAAGAACAGGAGGAUGAACUGAUCAUUGACCACGUAACCAAGGAAAUUAACAGCAUGACUGUGAAAAUGCCACACCAGUGUUUUAUCAAUGGCUCAUUUGUGGAUGCUGAAAAUGGCAAGACCUACGAUACCAUUAAUCCAACUGAUGGAUCUGUAAUCUGUAAAGUGUCUUAUGCUUCAGUGGGGGAUGUGGACCAGGCCGUGGCAGCUGCUAAAGCAGCAUUUUAUACUGGGCCCUGGGGCAAGAUGAACCCAAGAGACAGAGGAAAUCUACUAUAUAAACUAGCAAACUUGAUGGAGCAACACCAGGAGGAGUUGGCCACCAUUGAGGCAAUCGACUCCGGAGCUGUGUACACGCUGGCCCUCAAGACUCAUGUGGGCAUGUCCAUCCAGACAUUUCGCUACUUUGCUGGCUGGUGUGACAAGAUACAGGGCAAGACAAUUCCCAUCAACCAGGCCAGGCCCAACCACAACCUCACCUUCACUAAAAAAGAACCAAUCGGUGUUUGCGCUAUUGUCAUCCCUUGGAACUACCCACUCAUGAUGUUAGCAUGGAAAAGUGCUGCCUGCCUUGCAGCUGGUAACACGCUUGUUCUUAAACCGGCACAGGUCACACCACUGACUGCAUUAAAAUUUGCUGAGUUGUCUGUAAAAGCCGGUAUUCCAAAAGGAGUUAUCAACAUCUUACCUGGCUCAGGAGGAAUGGUGGGACAGCGCUUGGCUGAUCACCCAGAUAUUCGCAAACUGGGUUUCACUGGUUCAACACCUAUUGGCAAACAAAUCAUGAAAAGUUGUGCACUCAGUAAUUUAAAGAAAGUUUCUCUGGAGCUGGGAGGGAAAUCUCCUCUCAUCAUCUUCAACGACUGCGACAUGGACAAGGCUGUUCGCAUGGGGAUGAGCUCAGUGUAUUUCAACAAAGGGGAAAAUUGCAUUGCCGCUGGGCGCCUUUUUGUGGAGGAAUCAAUUCAUGAUGAAUACAUCGGCCGCGUGGUGACUGAGUUAAAGAAGAUGAAAAUUGGAGACCCGCUAGAUCGAUCUACAGAUCAUGGGCCACAGAAUCACAAAGCACACUUGGACAAGCUGCUGGAGUACUGUGAUGUUGGAAUAAAAGAGGGAGCUACAUUGGUAUACGGCGGCAAACAAGUGGACAGGCCAGGUUUCUUCAUGGAGCCCACCGUGUUCACUGAUGUGGAAGACCAUAUGUUCAUUGCCAAAGAGGAGUCCUUUGGACCUGUCAUGGUCGUGUCCAGAUUUAAAGAUGGGGAUGUCGAUGGUGUGCUACAGCGAGCCAAUGACACAGAGUAUGGCUUGGCUUCGGGUGUGUUUACACGUGACAUAAGCAAAGCCAUGUAUGUGAGUGAACAUUUGGAAGCUGGAACAGUAUUCAUCAACACCUACAACAAGACUGAUGUUGCUUCACCUUUUGGAGGCUUCAAGCAGUCUGGCUUUGGCAAAGACCUUGGAGAGGAUGCGCUCAUGGAAUACCUCAAGACCAAAGCAGUGACUGUGGAAUAUUGAGACACUUUUCAAACAGAAUGCCAACCACAAUUUAACAGGAAGGAAUUUACUGCUACAAGACAGCCAGCACAAUUCAGUCACUUCUUUGAGCAAAUCAUCAUUCAAUUAAAACCACGUAAUCUAGUUACAAUGGUUUUCUCUUUCAUAGGUAUGUAUUUUAACUAACUUGUAUUAGGUUCAUGCCUUUUUAUCCAGACUGACACAGCUAAAUCUUAUUUUUAUAUUCUCCAACGCCAAUCAUUAGGUCGAUGCACAAACACAUAAAAAAAGAUUUGAGCAAGAGUGAUUCCCAACAUCACAGUGUCAAAUAGAGUUUUGCAGAUGCUUCUUCACUGAAGACAUUCUAAUCUCUUGGAUAUUUUUUUGUGUGAUAUAGAAUUGACUCCAAAAGUAUUGAAACGUGGUCAGUUCAUUUGUUUUGUUGUAUAUUGAGCCCGUUUGGGUUUCAGAUCACAGGAUGAAUAUGAGUUUAGGAAAAGGAUGCUUUUCUUAUCCUCGCAAACACACCCACGGAGAGAUGGAUUCAGAAAAGAGCAUCCGAAAAUGCAGGCCUCAUAUUUUAUAGGUUGCUUGAAAAAAAUGUCCAACCUUCAAGGGUGUAGAUUGAGAUCAUCAUGUUCUCAUGCAGCUGUCCCAUUCAAGCACGUUUGCUUCUUCCUAACGGUUGAGUCCCAUGAGUCCUGCAUUGGCUUGUGGAUGCACUUCCAUAACUCCCAAAGUUCACCUUGUAUCAGCCAGAAAUCCUGAAAAUAAUACCUAGCAGACUUGAGUCCAAUUUUAGCAAGACUAUGCGUGGAGCAUCUAACAAUUGACUGAGUAGAGUCUGUGUACCGAAGUGAGAUCGAAAUGAAAUAAAUAAAAACAAAGAAACUGACCUUGUUGUUCCAAUAUAUUUGCUCCAAAUUGUAUGCGGCCUAACAGUGAAAUAGAAGAAACAAAUGACCGCCACUCUUUGCUUUGAGUUGCUACUUUGUGGUUGUGGCCAAACCUCUCACUGCAGGACUGUUUAGAGUACUACUCAAACCAGCCACUAUAUCAAUUCAUUAAAGUUUUUAAUCAGUCAAUCCCGCACACACAAACAGACACACGCAGUAAGGAAAGAUAACACAAAGACGUGUGCAAUAUAUGUUUGUGAGUUUAGGAAGUUAAAAUCCUUUUGCACACUUAUUUCAGGAAACGGUGCUCUGAGCAGUGCAGAAAUCUUAUGUUCUUGGUUUAUUUUUUACCUACCCUAAAAAAAUUGUGAAUGACAUCAAAGGCCAGUUCCAUCCAUGUUAUGUUGAAGAACUGACAUGCACAGUAACAUGUAACUACCAGCGUUACUGAUGGUGUAGUGAGGCUCAAAAAUGAAUAAAACUAUUGCCACACUCAA